UGUACAUCUACACUAGACACCUUCCUGCUUCCCUCCUUCCAGAGCAGACCUCUUUGUCACCCUGAGCUCCUUGUUUCUUAAGCAGUCAUGUCUGUGACAAAAAGUACCGAGGGUCCCCAGGGAGCCGUUGCCAUCAAAUUGGACCUUAUGUCGCCUCCUGAAAGUGCCAAGAAGUUGGAGAACAAGGACUCUACAUUCUUGGAUGAAAGUCCUUCAGAGUCAGCAGGCUUGAAGAAGACCAAGGGCAUAACAGUGUUCCAGGCCUUGAUUCACCUGGUGAAAGGCAACAUGGGCACAGGGAUCCUGGGACUACCCCUCGCUGUGAAGAACGCGGGCAUCCUGAUGGGUCCACUCAGUCUGCUGGUGAUGGGCUUCAUAGCCUGCCACUGUAUGCACAUCCUGGUCAAGUGUGCCCAGCGCUUCUGUAAGAGGCUUAACAAGCCCUUUAUGGACUAUGGGGACACAGUGAUGCAUGGACUAGAAGCCAACCCCAACGCCUGGCUCCAGAAUCACGCUCACUGGGGAAGGCAUAUCGUGAGCUUCUUCCUUAUUGUCACCCAACUUGGCUUCUGCUGUGUGUACAUUGUGUUUUUGGCUGAUAAUUUAAAACAGGUAGUGGAAGCUGUUAAUAGCACAACCAACAACUGCCAUUCCAAUGAGACGGUGAUUCUGACCCCCACCAUGGACUCGCGACUCUACAUGCUCUCCUUCCUGCCCUUCCUGGUGCUGCUGGUCCUCAUCCGGAACCUCAGGAUCUUGACCAUCUUCUCCAUGCUGGCCAACAUCAGCAUGCUGGUCAGCUUGGUCAUCAUCAUACAGUACAUUACCCAGGAAAUCCCAGACCCCAGCCGGUUGCCACUGGUAGCAAGCUGGAAGACCUACCCUCUCUUCUUCGGAACAGCCAUUUUUUCUUUUGAAAGCAUUGGUGUGGUUCUGCCUCUGGAAAACAAGAUGAAGAAUGCCCGCCACUUCCCAGCCAUCCUGUCUUUGGGAAUGUCCAUCGUCACUUCCCUGUACAUCGGCAUGGCGGCUCUGGGCUACCUGCGGUUCGGAGACGACAUCAAGGCCAGCAUAAGCCUUAACCUGCCUAACUGCUGGCUGUACCAGUCUGUCAAGCUUCUCUACAUUGCCGGCAUCCUGUGCACCUAUGCCCUGCAGUUCUACGUCCCUGCAGAAAUCAUCAUCCCCUUUGCCAUCUCCCGGGUGUCAACACGCUGGGCACUGCCUCUGGAUCUGUCCAUUCGCCUCAUCAUGGUCUGCCUGACAUGCCUCCUGGCCAUCCUCAUCCCCCGCCUGGACCUGGUCAUCUCCCUGGUGGGCUCCGUGAGUGGCACUGCCCUGGCCCUCAUCAUCCCACCGCUCCUGGAGGUCACCACCUUCUACUCAGAGGGCAUGAGCCCCCUCACCAUCUUCAAGGACGCCCUGAUCAGCAUCCUGGGCUUCGUGGGCUUUGUGGUGGGGACCUACCAGGCCCUGGAUGAGCUGCUCAAGUCAGGAGACUCUCACCCCUUUUCCAACUCCACCACUUUUGUUCGGUGAGCCUGGCACUGCUCCUUGCCCACCAGCACCCGACUUUUAAUGAUAUGGAUCUUUUUUUUUUUUUUCUUUUUUUGAGACGGAGUUUCUGUCUUGUUGCCCAGGCUGGAGUGCAAUGACACGAUCUCGGCUCACCACAACUUCCACCUCCUGGGUUCAAGCAAUUCUCCUGCCUCAGCCUCCUGAGUAGCUGGGAUUACCGGCAUGGGCCAGCACGCCUGGCUAAUUUUGUAUUUUUAGUAGA